GAAUAACUGGUUCCAGAGAAGAUGCUUUAGUGCAAGAGAGGUGACUUGGAGCCUUUGAAAUUUGACUCCACAUUCUCUACUUUAUGACAAGUUGUCCAGCCAAAUCCUAGUAGAAUUGUAAAGGAGGCUUCCUUGAGCAUUGAUUGUCAGGACAGAACCCGUGAGCAGGUGCAGAAAAGGGCAGCAGAUGGGUAUGGCUCAGAGGAGAGAGGCCAGCAGCUCGGACAUUGGCUGGGCCCUGUCAGGUUUACCUUGAAAUUUCCAUUGUGACGUCAUAUGGGGUCACACACAGCCUUGAGGGAGAGGAGCUGAGAGGAGCAUUGGGUUGAGAGGAGCAUUGGGUUGAAUAAUGGCACUGAUUUGGGGGCUGGCCAUGCCGCCUCCACCGUAUGUCAGCCUUCUACUAUUAUUUGGUUUCCUUGCAUGGGGACUUUGGAUACUCUUUUCUGGGAAACAGAGCAGGAAGCAGGUGGCAACCAAGACAGACUCCAAGACUUCAAGGCAGCAUAAAUUGAAAAAGAUCCAGAAAUUCACAGCUUCCCAGUGGGAAGAAAAUCUCAGAAUGGGUUGCUCUGAAGCUAACCUGACAAACUUUUCAAGACUCCCUGUGGGAUGGGCCCAGGAAUAUAUACUCUGGUCAAUGAACAGAAGUCUUCAACAGAUCUUCAAACAUCUGGAAUGCACAAGAUCAAGUCUUAUGCACUCGUGUUUGCAAGAAUCUUCGGAUAUGAUUUCUUCCUCCACCUCCUCUGUGUUUGUGUCUCAGGAGCCUGUUCUACCCUGUUGUGGCUGUAAGAAGGCAAAACAUUCUACUGAUCACAGCAUCUCCUCUGGAUCAUUAUGCAACAGCUCCAGCCUGUCACACCCUUCUGUCAUUUCUGAAGGAACAACCUGUCAACUCCAGAGCCUUAGUUUACCUACUUUACCCAAAAACCAGUCUUCUGUGCUCAGGAACCAAGGCACAUCCCUGCCCCCUUUUCAACUCUCACAGCUUGGGAAAUCAAAUCUUUUGGAGGAUUUGGCAGCUCUUUCACCAUUAAGGUCUCAAAGCUCUUUUAUCAGCUCUGUUUUUGAAUCCCCAGAUCUCUGUCAACAAGAACAAACAAAGAAUGGGAGAGGGAGCAAGAGUCAUUUGACAUUGGAUCAUGGGUCAAGUUCUAUCUGCAAGGCAAGACCACGAUUCUCCGGGCGGGCUCCACUCCAGCUCUCUCCUUUGGCUAGGUGGAAGUUAGAAGGACAUAUGGCUUGGAAGGUUUGUACUUUGAAGGAACAAACAGUUCCUCUGCCUGUGAAGGAAUCAUGGGAAAUGCUGCAUUAUUUAACUGAGGCACGAGGAGGAGUAGUCCCUGAACCAGAGAAACCUCAAAUGCAGGUAUCUAUGCCUACCCAUCAAAGCACUGAACAAAGUAUCAACAAUAAAUCCCCAAACUGUCCAUCAUUCCAGCUCCAUGUGAAUAUUGGAGUGGAAUCUGGAUUGAAUAGAACAGAAACAAAAAUUUCACAGUCACUUAUCCCAGGUAAGCUGUCACAACUGGGGGAUGGCCCCCAAAUCGUUGAAUCCAGGCCCUUAGUUACAUCACUGGGCACUCCACCUCCCAAAAGUUUAGGAGUUGACAUAGUUCAAGGGGAAACCAAUUUCCUGCAGAAGAAGCCAAAACACAUCCUAGAGCUUAGUAUAGAGCAGAGGGUCAUAGGUCUUCCGGAAAAAAGGAUGCAGCAGCAUGAGACCCAAGUGACUAAAGUGGAGUUGGCCCCAAGGCUAUCAUAUCAAGUUACAGAUAGCAUAAAGGUAACUCCAUUGGCAUUACUUCAAGUCAUGGAUUCAAUGGGGAUCAUCCCAGAAUCACAUUCACAAGUGACAGAAUCUGUGGGUUUGUUCCCGCAGCCACCAGAUGAAGUUGGGAAACCAGACGAAACGAUGAAAAGAGUGAGUGUAAGCACAAAACCAUCAUAUCAAAUCACUGAAUCAGUGGAGGUAACAUCAAGUACUCAGCAUCAAGUUAUGAAAUCAAAGAUGACCUCCAGAUCACCAAAUCACGUCACAGAUAAUGUGAAGGUAACUCCUGUAGCAUUGCUUCAAGUCAUGGAUUCUAUCGGGAUGAUUAAAAAAUCACAUUCACAUAUCAUAGAAUCAGAGGGAAUAACCCCAAGAACACAGUAUCCAGCCAUGGAGUCUGGGGAUAUAAACACAUCGUUGGAUCAUGAAGUCAUGCCACCAGGAGAGAUAGGUCCACAGGUAGGACAUGAAGUUGUGGAAACUGUGGAAAUGACUGUAGGGCCACAGUUUAAAGUUGCUGAAUCCGUGGACAUAACCUCAAGGCCACAAAAUCAAGCCAUAGAACCAUUGAACAUUCCUCCAGGACCAGUGUGUCAAAACACAAGAUCCCUGGAAAUGAUCUCCACUCCAUUGCAUCAAGUUACAGAUUACACAAAAGUAACUCCAGUGGCACUAUUACAAGCUGUGGAUUUCAUGGGGAUAAUUCCAUCAGCACAGUCACAUGUUAUAGAAUAUGGAGAUUCACAGUCUAAAAUUGCAAAAUUGACCCCAGGAGUGACUCAACCAGAUGGUUUGACUUCCGGCUCUCCUACUACUAUUGGUUCACCUGGAGUUGUAGAAACUGUGGGUUUACCUCCAAAGCCACCACCUAAAGUCACAGAAUCAGUAGGGGUGAUUCCAAUGCCAUCACAUCAAUCCGUACAUUCUCUAAAGGUAACUCCAGUAGCCCUGGGGUCACCCAUGGGAAUGAUCAUAGCAUCACAAUCACAAAUUGUGGAAACUCCGGAUUUGACCUCAAGGCCAGUAUCUCAAGUCAAAGAACCUCUGGAGUUGACCCCUGGGUCAUGGAUUCAGGUGCUGGACUCUGUGGGGAUGACUCCACAACCAUAUCAUCAACGCACAGAAACUAUGGCAUUAACCCCAGGCCUAUCUCAUCAAGUCAUAGAGUCUUCAAGGAUGACCCCGUGGGAUCAAAUCUUAGAACCUUCAGAGAUGAGUCCAAGGCAAAGCCACCAAACUAUAGAGACUAGAGGGUUGGCCUCUGAUCCCACAGUCACAAAUCUAACUGAGUUGACACAGUCACCUCAUCAAAUAAUGGAAUCUUUAGGUACAGUCCCGAGGUCACUGGGUCAAAGUACAGCAUCUGAGGGAAUGAAUCAAGAGCCACUGCAUCAAGUCACAGAUUCUGCAGUAUUGACCACUACAUCACUACUGCCAGAUGUAGAAUAUUUGGGGGUGAAGCCAAUGCCACAGCUUAAGGUUGUGGAUUCCAUGAAGUUAUCCCCAGGAUUACAAAAUGUAAAACCUAUAGACGGAACCUCAGGUUCAAUCCCACAAAUGGCAAAAUAUGGACAGUUGAUCCCAACUGUGAACUCCAUAGAAUCGGCCCCAGAACUUCAACUGCAGGUUGUAAACUCUGAUGGGUUGGCACCCAUUCCACUGCUGGAAAGUGGGAAUUCUGUGCAGUUAGCCCCAACGUCUCAGCUUCAAGGUCUGCAAUCUAUUCGUUUAACUCUAGGAACACAAGAACAAAGUGGAAAAUCUGCUGAGUUAGCCCCAGCACCACAGUUACAGAAUAGGAAAUCAAUGCAGUUGACCUCCAGUCCACAGUUGCAAGGUCUGGAAUAUGUUCAUUUGGCCGUGCCACCAGAGUUUCCAGAUAUAAAAGCUGCGGAGUUGACCCUAAGACCACUACAGGAAGACAUGAAAUCCAUGGAGUUGGCCCCAGAGCCACGGUUACCUGAUGAAAGACCAGAGGAGAUAGCUCCAGCACUCUUACUUAAAGAUGUGAAAAUUCCUCGAAUGGUAGAAUGCAGAAGGUUGAUUCCUAAAACACAGGUGGAAGGUAUGAAAUACGAGGAGCCGAUUUCAGGGGCACGCAUUCGAGCAGUGAAAUCUGCAGAGCUCAACCUCAAGCCAAAUCGUGAAGCCAUAGAUCCCGAAGGAUUGACUCCAUGGCAUCAAGCUUUAGAAUCUUCAGGAAUGAUCACAGAGCCAGGAUACGAAGGAGCAGAAGCAGAGUUGACCUCUGACACUUGUCACCAGAGGAAAGAAUCUAUGGAGUUGAAACAAUCAUCUUUAGGAAGUACUCCAAGGCCAUUGAGCCAGACUUUAGAAUCUAUGCAGAUGAACUCAAUGCCAUUCCAAGGUGCUCUUGAGACAAUGCUCCAAAGCGUAAAAGCCUUGGAGACUCGGAUGUCUCAACACACAAUACAAGAAUCUCCAGAGUUGGUACCAGGAUCAGAGAUUCAAGAUCUGACCCCAGAAGUGAUGAACCCAGAGUCUCAAGGUAUGAAGUCUGUUCAUCUGAAUCUAGGACCAUAUUCCGAAUUUAUGAACUAUAAGGAGUUGGCCUCAGAACCACAAUUUCAAAGUGUGAAAUCUGUGCCAUUGACCCCAGGACCACGGCCCCAACGUACAAAACCUGAGACGUUGACUCUAGGGCCACUAAUGCAUGAUAAUAAAUUUGUGGAUUUAACUGUACCACUGGAAGCAUCUGGGAGGUUAAUUCCUGAAACACAUGUUGAAUCAAGGAAAGUUACCAUGGAACCACACUUAGAAGCAAUGAAAUCUCUGAGUUCGACUUCUAGAUCAAGGCAUCAGGACACAGCCUCUGCAGCUUUAGCUUCUGAGAUCUGGCCACAAGAGGAGGAAUCUGUGAAGUUAAUCCCACAGCAAGUCACGGAAACUGCUGGGAUGAUGCCAAGGCCACAUUUUCAAAAGUUUUCAGAGAUGACCUUGGGACCAGGCCAUCAAGGCACAGAAACUGCGCAGCUGACUUCUGAGGCUUUGCUCCAAAUGGCAUUAACACAAAAACCAACAGGUCAAGUUAUGGAAUCUACAGGAAUGACUCUAAAGCCACAUUGUCAAGUUACCGAGCCUUCAGAGAUGCCCGUAAGGUCAGAACAUGAAAAUACAGAAAAUUUUGGGUUGGCAUUGCUUCAAGUUGAAAAUAUCCAGGAGACAAUGCCAGUACCACCAUAUUUAGUACAAGGAUCUCCGGAAUUGACUUUAGGACCAGGCAUGCAAUAUGAGAAAUCAGAGCCACUACUGCAAAAUUUGAAAUCUGUGAUGUCAACCCCUGGAACAUCCCCAUUAAUGGAAGGAUCUAAACAAUUUAUCACAGGAGCAAAACGACAUGUUAUGGAGUUGACCGCAGAGCCACAGCUCCAGGGAGUAAAGUCUAUGCAGCUGAAGCCAGAGCCACAAUUACAAGAUGUGGAAUAUGUUAAUGUAAUUCAACAGCUAGCUACUACUGGAGUGGUAGGAUCUGAGAAGCUGGUACAAGAACCAGUACUACAAAGUAUACUAUCAGAAGACUUGACUAAGGGGGCACAGCUUCAAGGUGUGAAAUUGACCCCAGGGCCGCAUUUACAAAGUGUCAGAUUUUCAAAGUUAUCCCCAGGGCCACUUCUUCAAGGAGAAAAACCUGUAGAUUUAAUCUCAGGAUCCCCACAUCACAGUGUGAAAUCUGAUGAACUGACCCCAGGUUCACCAAUGCAAGAGAUGAAAUCCUUAGAUUUAACCCCAGGGCCAAACCAUCAAAGCGUUAUGUCUGUACAAUUGACUCCAGAAUCACAAACUCAGAGUAUGAAAUUUGUGAAACAAAACUCAAGACCACGCUUGCAAGAUGUCAGAUUUUCAGAUUUGACCUCAGAACCAAAGCAUCAAGGUUUCAAACGUGUGCAGUGUGUACCAGGAACACAGCUUCAAGAUAUACAGUCCGUAGGAUUUGAAACAGAAUCAUCUUUGCAAUCAAACCAAGGGCUCUUGAAUGAGAAUAUGAAAUCUCUUCUGCCUAUUGAAGGAUUACAGUUUCACAGCAUGGAAUCUAUGAAAUUGACCAAAGAACUACAGUAUCAAGGUGUGAAGUCUCAGGAACGGAAUCUAGGACCAAGGCAGCAAGAGGUGAAAUUUUCUGAAUUGACGUAUGGGCCAAAGCUUCAAGGUGUCAAAUUUGGGGAGCAAACCCCAGGAUCAGUGUUUGAAGGUGUGAAUUCUGUGGAGAUGACCCCAGAAUUAGGGCUUCAAUAUUCUAAAUUAGCAAAGACGUCUUCGGGGCUUCAAGAUCUAAAACAGGUGGGGCUUAGCUCAGGGCCAUGGCUACAAGAUAUCAAAUUUUGUGAUCUGACAUCAAGAAGUCAACCUUCCAGUGUGAAAUCUUCAGAGUUAAACUCAGGGCCACAGCUACAGCAUGUGAAAUUUUUUGAGUUGACCCCAAAGCCAAAGAUGAAAGGAAUCAGAUCUAUGGGGUUGUCCCCAGGACCUCAAAAGCAAGUGGUCAAGCCUGAGGUAUUAGUACCAGAGACAUUGUUUCAAGGCAUAAAACAUUUCGUGGUGGGCCAAAUGUCUAACUUGGAAGGUAACGGUCCUUAUAAAUUCAUCUCACAACCACAGAAACCAGAUGCAAAAUCUAUGGAGUUGACUCCUGAGUCACAGUUGCCAAGAGUAAACUAUUCUGAGUCGACUAGAAGACCACAUUUACAAGCUAUAAAGUCUUCUGAAAUGAUCCAAGGGCCACACGUGGGAGGUGUGAAACCAAUGGAGCUGACACCAGGCUCAAAACGUCAAGGUUUAAAAUCUGAGUUGUUGAUCUCAGAGCUGAAAGAUGUGAAAUCUGUGGCCUUAGCUACAGGACAGUGUCUAAAAGGUAUGAAAUCUAUGUUGUUAACCCCCAGUCCACAGCUGGAAGGUGAGAAAUCUAUGGAGACAACCACAGUGCAAGGGAUAGAACAUGUCAAAUCUGUGAAAGACACCAAAGAUACUAAGCUUCAAGUUGCAACACCUGACUUGGCUCUGCAUGCAAGAAUUCAAGAAUUCAAAGGAGUGGAGAUGGUCCCGAGAACACAACCGCAAGAUGUGAAAACCGUGGAACUGAACUUUGGGCUAAAGAUGCAAGGUGAGAAACCUGUGCCUUUUGCACCAGGACCAUUGCUCCAAAAGUCUGAACCGCAAGAUGUGAAACCUGAGGAAUUGACUUUAGAGCCACAAACGCAAGAUAGGAAGGUUGUCGACAGUACCCCAUGUGGAAAGCAUCAAAGCUUAAAAUCUGUAGAGGAAACUCCAGAUUCAGAGCUGCAACAUGUGAAAUCUGUGAAAUUGACCCCACGGGUAAAGAAGCAGGAAGUAAAAUCUGGGAAUGUGACCAGAAGAGCAAAGUUUCAAGGAGUAAACUCUGUAGACUUAGCCCCAAGCCAACAGUUUCAAGGGAUGGCACUCAUGAAUUUCACUUCUGGGCCAGAACAGGAUGGCAAGAUAUCUGUAAUCUCAUCAAAGCAGCAAUGGAAGAAUUCAGAGCAAUUGAAGAGAAGGCUUAAGGCAGAAGAUGGGAUGUCUUUGGAGUUAAUUCCAGAACUAAAAUUUAAAGGCAGAAAAUUAGAAGACCUCAAUUUUGAGUUAGGAUUUGAAGAUAUAAAAUCACUUGAUUGGACUCCUGAAUCAAAUAUUCAAGGUUUAAAACCUAAGGAAUUCAAACUUGAACCACAGUUGCAAAGCCUAAAAUCUCCUAAGUUGACCCCAGGGCCCCAGUUGCACCAAGUAAAACCCUCAGAGUCAGCUUCAGAGCCACAGCUUUGUGUAAAAACUCUUGAGUUACAACAAGAGCCGCUGCUUGAAAGUAUGAGAUGUAGUCAGUGGAUACCGGGACCUAAGUUCCAAGCCGUGAAAUCUGUAGACUUAAAUCUUGGGUCACAUUCUCCAGGUGUUAAAUCUGCAGGGUUGAAAUCUUCGACACAGUUAAGAGAUGUAAAGUCAUCUGAAUUGACUCCAGGGCCAAAACCUCAAAGUGCAACAUAUACAGAGUUCAACCUUGGGCCACAGCUGCAGAAUGUGAAAACCCCUGAGGUGCUACCAGGACCACAGCUGCAAAAAGGGAAGGCUUUGGCAUCCACCUCGGAGCCACAGCUUCAAGAUGUAAAAACUACUGAGUUCAAAAAAGAGCCACAGCUUGAAACUGUGAGGCGUAUUCAGUGGAUACCAGGACCUGAUUUCCAAGCCGUGAAAUCUGUAGAGUUAAAUCUUGGGUCACAUUCUCCAGGUGUUAAAUCUGCAGGGUUGAAAUCCUCGAUACAGUUAAGAGAUGUGAAGUCAUCUGAAUUGACUCCAGGGCCAAAACCUCAAAGUGCAACAUAUACAGAGUUCAACUUUGGGCCACAGCUGCAGAAUGUGAAAUCCCCUGAGGUGCUACCAGGACCACAGCUGCAAAAAGGGAAGGCUUUGGCAUCCACCUCGGAGCCACAGCUUCAAGAUGUAAAAACUAUUGGGUUCAAAAGAGAGCCACAGCUUGAAACUGUGAGACGUAUUCAGUGGAUACCAGGACCUGAUUUCCAAGCUGUGAAAUCUGUAGAGUUAAAUCUUGGGUUACAAUCUCAAGGUGUCAAGUCUGUAGAGUUGAAAGCUUUGAAACAGUUAAGAGAUAGAAGGUCAUCUGCGUUGACUCCAAGGCCAAAGCUCCAAGAUAUACAAUCUUCGUCAUCACUCCAGGAACAUCAGCCUCAAGGUUUCGAUUUGAAACCUUGUCUACAGGUUAGAAGUGUGAAAUCAUGUGACCUGACUUCAAAGUCAAAGUUUUGUGAUAUAAAAUCUAUGACAUUCAAAUCUAGGCUUUGCUUGCAUGAUAGGAAAUCUACUAAAUUGACUGCAGGACCAAAGCUUCAAGAAGUGAAAUCCUUACAGUCAUCCCCAAGAGCACAGCUUCAAGGUGUGAGGUCUCUAGUGCUUGCGCAAGAGCCACAGCUUCCUGACACAAAAUCUGGGGUAUUAAGCCAAGUGUCACAAUUACAAAGUGGUACAACUAUAGAGCUGAACUCCCCACGACACUUGAAAAGGAUGAAGUCAUCUGAGCUGACUCUUCGGACAAAGCUUCAAGGUGUGAAAUCUGAGAAUUUCAACUCUGGGUCACAGUGGCAAGAUCUAAAAUCUUCUAAGUUAUCACCUGAGACAAAGUCCCAAGAUAUGACAUUUAUUGAGUUAAAUCCAAGUUCCCAGAUGGAAGGCAUAACCUUUUCUAAACCGACUGCAGGGACAAAGAUUCAAGGUGCCAAAUUUACAGAUUUGUUUGGGUCAUCGUUACAAGGUGUGAAUGCUGCUGAGGGGACCUCACAGUCAAAGCUUCAAAGUGUAAAACAUAAAGAAAGCGACCCCAGUCCCCAGACGCAAGUUGUGAAAUCCUCGGACCUGAACCUUGGAUCAGAGCUUCAAAAUAUGAAACUGGCGUCCAGCCCUGAGCCACAGUUUCAAGGAGAGAAAUGUUCUAAGUUAAUCUCAGAAACAGAGUGUCAAGAUGUGGAAUCUGUGAAGUUCAAACCUGGGCCACAGUUGAGGGGUAUGAAAUCUUCCGAACUGAUAUCAGGGACAAAGCUUCAAAAGGUGCAAUCAGUGGAUUUCAAGUCAGCCCCACAGUUACAAGAUAUGAAACCUUCUAGGUUGAUCAUGGGCAUAAAGCUUCAAGACAUUAAAUCUACGAAUUUCAAGUCUGGACCACACUUGCAGGAUGUGAAGUCUUCUCAAGUGAUCCCAAGGGGAAAGCUUCAAGGUAUGAAAUCUGUAGAACUGAAACCUAAUCCAAAGUUACAAGGUGAGAAAUCUUCUGAUUUGACCCUGGGGAGGAAGUUUCCAGCUGUGAAAUCAGGCCCACAGUUACAAGAUGUGAAAUGCUCUGAGUUGAUCAUGGGUAUAAAGCUUCAAGAUACAAAAUCUACGGGGUUCAGUUCUAGAUCACACUUUCAAGGUAUGAAGUCUUCUAAAGUGAUCCCAGGGUCAAAGCUUCAAGAAGUGAAAUCCUCUGAGUUCAACCAUGGUCCAAAGCUACAAGGUGGGAAAUCUAAUUUAACCCAGAAGAGGAAGUUUCAAGGUAUGAAACCGGUGGAGUUCAACCCUGGACCACAGAGACAAGGUGAGAAAUCUGAUUGGAUACCUGAGUGCAGGCUUCGAGAUUUGAAAUCUGUUGAGUUAAAACCUGUUCCACAGUUACAAGGUGUAACCUCUUCUGAGUUGGCACCAGAAACAAAGCUUCAAAGUGGAGAAUCUGUGGAGUUCCUUGCCAGACCCAUGCAGCAAGAUAUGAAAUCUCUUGAAUUGACUCUAGGUGCAAAGGUCAAAGAUGUGAAAUCUUUGGGGUUUGGGUCAGCCCCAGAGUUACAAAACAGGAAACUGCAUAUGUUGACACCAGGGGCACACCUUCAAGGUGUGAAAUCUAUGAAAUUCAACCCCGGGGCAAAGUUGCAAGGUGCAAAAUCUCCUGAGUCCAUAAACCUUCGAAUAAUGAAAACGACAGAAGUCAAACAUGACCCAGAAUUUCAGGUUGCAAACCCCUCUGAGUUAGCCUUGAAAUCAAAGACUUGCAGUGUGAUAUCUUCCGAUUGA